AUGGAUGUAUCAAAUGUAACAUUGCCGGUGGCCGAGGGGCCCGCGAACGCCUCAGCCCCCAGCAACAUCUCAGCCAGGGGGCCGCGUCACGACAUCCCAGUGGUGUACUGGGUUAUCAUGAGCAUCGCCCCCCUGGGCUUCGUGGAAAAUGGAGUUCUCCUCUGGUUCCUCUGCUUCCGGAUGAAAAACCACCCCUUCACCGUCUACAUCACCCACUUGUCGAUUGCAGACAUCUCUCUGCUCUUCGGUAUUUUUAUCCUGACUGUCGACUAUGCUUCUUAUUUUGAGCUCUCUUCUGGCUAUUACUACACAACUGUCACCUUGUCAGUGACAUUUCUGUUCGGCUACAACACAGGCCUCUAUCUGCUGACAGCCAUCAGUGUGGAGAGAUGCCUGUCCGUCCUGUACCCCAUCUGGUACCGAUGUCAUCGCUCCAAGCACCAGUCGGCGUUCGUCUGUGCCCUUCUGUGGGCACUUUCUUGCUUAGUGACCACCAUGGAAUACGUCAUGUGCAUCGACAGUGAAGCGCGGAGUCACUCGCAAAGGGGCUGCAGGGCCGUGAUCAUCUUCACAGCCCUCCUGAGCUUCCUGGUCUUCACCCCGCUGAUGGUGGUGUCCAGCACUGUCCUGGUGCUCAAGAUCCGAAAGAACUCAUGGGCGUCCCAUUCCUCAAAGCUGUACCUGGUCAUCGCGGUCACGAUCAUCAUCUUCCUCAUUUUCGCCAUGCCCAUGAGGCUCCUCUACCUGCUGUACUAUGAGUAUUGGCCGACGUUCAGGAAUCUCCACAGCAUUUCCCUGCUCUUCUCCACGAUCAAUAGCAGUGCCAACCCUGUUAUUUACUUCUUCGUAGGAAGCAGUCGGAAGAAGCGGUUCAAGGAGUCCUUGAAGGUGGUUCUGACCAGGGCUUUCAAAGAUGAAAUGCAACCCAGGCGCCAGGAAAACAAUGGCCAUACCACUGCCAUCGAGACUGUUGUUUGA